AUGGGUCGUAAAAAGAACAGCACACCAGUCAAAGCUCGGAGAAAAACAACGACACGAAUCAGAAUCAAAACACAAAGAUUCGUUUUGAAGCCUCGGAUGACUUGGAGGAACCCGCAAUGAGCUCCAGUCCAGAGGAAUCUGCUGUGGUUAGCGAUAAAAUCACUGAAGACGUAUCCAUGUGCGACGCUGAUGCCUCGUUCAUAGAUGGCGAUGACGAUAAGACUAGUGCUGAUUAUUACUUUGAUUCGUACUCUCACUUUGGUAUUCACGAAGAAAUGCUGAAAGAUGUAGUAAGAACUAAGACAUAUCAGAAUGUCAUCAACCAAAACAAAUUUCUAUUUAAGAAUAAAGUUGUUCUUGAUGUUGGAGCUGGGACCGGAAUUUUGUCCUUGUUUUGUGCUAAAGCAGGGGCAGCACAUGUUUAUGCAGUUGAGUGUUCCCAUAUGGCUGACAUGGCGAAAGAGAUUGUUAAAACAAAUGGACUAUCUGAUGUUAUAACAGUUUUGAAAGGAAAAAUAGAAGAAAUAGAGCUGCCAACAGCUAAAGUGGAUAUAAUCAUAUCAGAGUGGAUGGGAUAUUUUUUGUUGUUUGAGAAUAUGUUAAAUACAGUUCUGUACGCCCGAGACAAAUGGCUUGUCAACGACGGACUCGUAUUACCAGAUAAAGCUUCUCUUUAUUUGACAGCCAUUGAGGAUGCAGAGUACAAAGAUGACAAAAUUGAAUUUUGGAAUAAUGUUUAUGGCUUCAACAUGAGCUGCAUCAAAAAGCAAGCCAUGAUGGAACCUCUGGUUGACACAGUUGACCAGAAUCAAAUUGUCACAAACUGCCAGCUUCUCAAGACAAUGGAUAUCUCUAAGAUGUCCCCUGGGGAUGCUUCCUUCACAGCCCCAUUUAAGCUUGUGGCAGAACGCAAUGAUUACAUCCAUGCUCUGGUAGCAUAUUUUGAUGUAUCAUUUACCAAGUGCCAUAAACUGAUGGGCUUUUCCACAGGACCGAGAUCACGGGCUACGCAUUGGAAGCAAACAGUUCUGUAUCUGGAAGAUGUGUUAACAAUAUGUGAAGGGGAGGCAAUUACUGGGAGCAUGACAGUUGCUCCAAACAAGAAAAAUCCACGAGACAUUGACAUCAUGCUCAAAUAUUCAUUGAGUGGUCGUCACUGUGUUGUUUCCAGGAUUCAACAUUAUAAAAUGCGCUGAUUGCUUUCAUAAUGCUAACAGAUUUCCAGAAUGAUGUAUGCUUGGUCGCUGGCCCAAUCAGAUGGUCGUUUUGGAGUUUAAUUGCUGCCCCCUAUGGUAUGUAUGAGCUGUUGCUGCCUACCUGCACAUCAAGUAGCCAUUAUUGUUCCGAAUUUGCCUGUUAAGGAUAGGGCAAAGGCAUAGAAUCAUAUGUAUUAUAUCAGUCAAAUUCCAAUAUUUAAUCUUUUUUUCCCUUAAGGUUAUGCAACGUUAUGCUUACUUUUGAUAUUUUAAUUUAUGAAAUUUUUUUGUUUGGGUUCA